CAACAACCGCCAGCUUGAAUUCGUGGACAAGGACAUCAUGCCUCUCCGAGGAACUAGUCAUGGUAAACUUGUUGGCGACGAGGCACCCUACUUCGAGUCUCUGGCCGAGCUUGAUCAAUGGGCUAGUAUCCCUCACGAAAAGUUGAUGGCCGUCUUGGAGUAUCAGGCCCGUCCUCAGUUUGCAGAAUCAUCGAACCAGAGAGGGAAGCUUUUGGUGUGCCACGAUUAUAAAGGAGGGUACACAGAAUCUCCAUCUGGCCUGUGCUAUACAUUCAAUUUUUGGCCUCUAUGUGACUCAUUCGUUUACUUCUCGCAUCACAGAGUCACUGUUCCUCCAUCAGGAUGGAUCAAUGCGGCGCAUCGACAAGGGGUUAAGAUGCUCGGAACAAUAAUCUUUGAAGGAUCUGGAGAAGCUGACUGCCUCCAGCUGAUAGUUGGAUGCCCUCAGGUGGGCGCAGGCCCAACUUUACGUACAGAUUCGAUUCCCAUGUCAAGACACUAUGCCUCAGUUUUGGCAGAGCUUGCUCGUCAGCGUGGGUUUGAUGGUUAUCUCCUGAAUGUUGAAUGCCCACUUCGAGGGGGCCAGGAACAAGCACGGGCGCUUGCUGGAUGGAUUUUACUUCUGAGAUCCGAGCUCGUGACAAAAGUUGGUCGCCAUGCCCAAGCUAUUUGGUACGACAGUGUGAUAAUCAACGGUCAACUGAGGUGGCAGGACCGAUUGAACAACCUGAAUUUGCCAUUUUUCCUCUCGUCCGAUGCCUUCUUCACGAACUACACUUGGCCGACGUCUUUCCCGGCUCUCACUGCCCAGUAUUUCAUGAGCUUGGAUCCAGUGCUCAUCAGUGAUGAUGCGAAGGGGUCUUCCGUCAAGUCUCUUCAAAGCAUAUUUACAGGUGUUGAUGUCUGGGGUCGAGGAUCGCACGGUGGAGGAGGAUUCGGUUCCUACAAGGCCAUUACACAUAUCGAUCCCCAAUCACUCGGCCUGAGUGUUGCCCUUUUCGGGCAAGCAUGGACAUGGGAGAGCGAACAAGACAAGCCAGGAUGGAACUGGGAUCAGUGGUGGGAAUAUGAGCGCAAGUUAUGGAUCGGUCCAGCAGACCCUCAAGAGGUGGUCCCCGUGCCUGAUGCUCCCAGACGUCCUGGAGAGCCUGAGUGUCCUCACGGCGCAUUCAAACCACUGUCGUCAUUCUUUGGACAUGCCACCCCUCCUGAUCCCGCCCAGCUUGUCUUUUACGCAUCGUUCUCUCCAGGAGUUGGGCAUUCGUGGUUUGUUGAAGGCGUGAAGGUUCUCCAGACAGAUGCCGGCUGGACUGAUGUCGACAAGCAAAGUUCCCUUGGAAAUUUAGUGUGGCCACGACCAUCCUUGAUGUGGGAAGACAAUGAUAGAGAAGAACCACUCCCUUCAGCGUCAUCCAUGUUGGACAUGAGCGACGCAUGGAAUGGAGGGAAUACCCUUAAACUUUCCAUCUCUUGUGCUGGCAGUGCGGCCGAUGAUGCAUUUUUCCGGUGCAUCUGGCUCCCUGUGCAGUCAUUUAAUGUGACUUCCCUGAUGUCAUAUGACGUUAGCAUCGUUUACAAGACUGCCACUUGUGAGGAGACCGACCUCGACCUUGGACUUUACGUAAAGCCGUUGAUGACGGGGGGCGGAGAUCUUUCAGAGGUCAAUGUCGGGGCAUCCACUCAAUCUGAUCUCAAGAACGGUUGGACCAGACAAGUCCUUAGCUUUUCGGUUCCUCCCGGCACAACUAACGUGUCGAUUGCGGUUGGCUUGAUCAUUGGUUUUACUGCCGAAGAUCCAUCUCAGCCACUUGAUUUUUCAAUCUCGUUAGGCCAACUUGCCGUAUAUCCAUCUUCUUCCACUGCCCUCGUCUCGAAGGGAACCCCCGGGAUUCUGUGGGCUAAAUUCCAAAGCACCAAGCCCCUCACCCCCCCUUCAACUGGUCUCAGCGGGCUUCUCACCUGGGACAUCGCAUCCUCUUUCCCACGUCUCGCGUUGCGGACGAUAUCAUCACCCGAAGACCCGAAUCCUGCAUGGAUUCUAGAUACCAGAGAACGAUUCCCCUCAUUUCUCUACUUCAACAUAUACGUCAACCCAUACCCCCUCUCGGGAAGUGUCGCGGAGGCCACGGCGGCGAUAUUCAUUGGAACAACAGGCCUAGAUGGGCGUGCUAAUAGAUUUUAUGUGGAUCCAGCGAUUCUGCCGAAGAGUGUGGUGCAUGGGAAAGGGUUACGCUUUUAUGUGCAAGGAGUUACUGACAAAGGCGAUAUCCUACCAUGGGAGAUGUGUGCGCACGUAGAUUACAUGUUCAACCUUGGAGGCCGUUGAUGACCAUGCAAGACACGGAGCAUGUAUAUACAGCUGUGAGAGGCUCCUGUGUUUUUUACGUUGCUUGUAAUUAUGAGGACAAGACGUUUGGAUCCGCGGAACGUCUUCGCAUGCUGAACUACCUCGUGUCAUAGCUGGUAGACUCUGCUUGUGUUCGUGUUCAUGCGAAUACCAAGUUUCCGAAAGUCUCCAAAUUGAGUCCAGACAUACGCAUGCACCAAGUCCAU